AUGCAGACCACCUCUUAAAUUGCUAAAUAAUUGACUAGACAAAGAUCUCUUCUUUAAUAAGCUAGCAGAAGUUUCUCCCAACAAACUUUCCUCGGCAGCAUCAACCCAGAUAGAAACCACAAUUUAAGAGUGAUGGCAACCCCAGAGUGGCCAGUUCCAUACUAUCAAAGAGCUUUCAGACACCCAGUCUCAGUUGAAAAGAGAGUAGGUAGCUUUGAGGCUGUUGUAAGCCCACUUCAUGAUUUCCAUGCUGUCUUGGCCAAGGAAAUUCUUAAGUCAUCUGGAAAGGGAUACGUUGUUGAGGCAAUUGAAAAUCACUACGAUUUAGCAACAUACAAAACUGAGUUCAAGGACUGCACUCAAUACUGCAGAGCUUACAUUGAAGACUUAGCUGAAGCUCUUGGAGUUGCUCAUGAACAAAAUUCAAGAAUCCUCAACGAGCACGACCUCUCUGAAUGCCUCAACUGA